UCUUCAUCUUCGUUGGGCUUUGUUUGUUCCGGAACCAGUCACAGUUUCCUCCGAAGGCUAACUGGAGUAAUACCCGGCGAUAAACAAUUCGCGGGAGAUGGACACGCCGGAUAAGAACCGCAUCUCCGCCGUUUCGUACCGUAACUUCGAGGAUUCUCCAGUUUUUCAGUAUAUUAAUGGUCUUUCCCCAAUAGAAGCAAUGAAGGCUGAUCAUGUCUUUCACUCAUUGGCUCUUGCAUCUCCUUCUUCAUCUCUGUUUAGUUCACCGCAGAUAGAAGAAUCUUACCGUGAUUCCAGGUUUCUCAUUAAAAGGCAUCAUCAUUCUCUUGAUCUGUCUAGUCCAAUAGCCGUCCUUGGUGAGACUGUAAAGAACACGCCAGAUAUUCUGAAGCGUUGUCAGGUUAAGUUUGCAAUUGAGUUGGCGAGUUCUUUGAGGAAUGGAAAUGAUCAAAUGACUACGUCUUCUGAUGAAGUAGUACCAAUGGAUGAUGAAAAUGAAAUAGCAAUAAGGCAAUCUGAUGGGUUAUGUGGACAGCCUAAUGAACUUGAUGAUUCAGAUGGGGUAUUUCGAACCGAAGAAAUGGAAACUGAGAAUGGGUAUGGUGAGCAAGAGAUACCAAAUGCAAAGGAUCCAAGAAUUAACUCUUUUACUUCGGUGCCUCAGCAGUUUUCCACUAACUCAAGGAAUGUAGUACAGUCUCGCAGUGUGCAAGUGGCUGGUGGAGCUCCAGACACCACUCUCACCAGUUCAUCGGACGUUGCCGCUGUUGGUUCGACUGCCAAAGCUGAAGAUAAGGAAGAAACAGGCCAACAGCUCAGUCGCAAGCAACGGAGUGUACGCAGACGCUGCCUGACUUUUGACGCGGGAGGAUCUUACAAAAGGGUACCUUUGCGUGAUUCCACAAACGACCUUCCCCUUGAUUUCACAUCUAUCAUCAACGAAGCUUCUAGUCCUCAAAAGUGUGUAGACUCCAGCAAACAAGAGACCGAUGAGAUUGUACCCAUACCACGGACUAUUGGCCUGCACUUGAAAGCUCUCGUGAACCCCUCAGCCUCAAGUAACCGAAAUAAAUCAACUUCCAUAGAUGGCUGUGUUUUAUCUCAUGCUGAAGAAGAGUUCGCAACUCCUGUUUCCACAAUAAACGAUUUGGUUUCCUGUGAUAUCCAAAUCAUGGAGGAGGCUUCUGAGAAAUCUAUGGAAGGAGAGUGGGUUGAGGAGCAUGGCAGCUGUAAGCGCUGUCGAUGUAAGAAAUCAAAAUGCUUGAAGCUGUACUGUGAUUGUUUCGCUGCUGGUCUAUACUGUGUCGAACCUUGUUCGUGUCAAAACUGUUUCAAUAGACCAAUCCAUGAAGAUGUAGUUAUGAAAACUCGUCGAAAUGUUGAAGCUCGCAACCCAUUAGCUUUCGCUCCAAAAGUUGUCUUGACUUCUGACUCUGCUACAUAUUUUGGGGAGGAGAGCAACACGACUCCUGCUUCAGCAAGACACAUGAGAGGAUGCAACUGCAAGAAAUCAGGAUGUUUAAAGAAGUAUUGUGAAUGCUACUUGAUGGGCGUUGGAUGCUCGGCGAGCUGCAGGUGCAUAGGUUGCAAAAACGUUAUCUGUCACACAAAUGAGCAAUUCCACUUUCCAUGUGGGUUAGAGCCUGAUGCGGUUACAAUCAACGAAGAAUCUAAAGAUCGUCUAUCUUAUUAAAACAGAAACAUUAAAACUUAUUCUAGGUAGAUUUUAAAGUUGGACCUUAUGUAAUUAAUGCUAUAUUAAUCUACUUAUUAUUAGACA